AUGGAACAGUGGCGGGUGGAGAAGGAGUUAGUUGAGGUAGUGGGAUUAGAGUUGUUUCAAGAAUUAGAGUUGGUUGAAAGAGUUGGAGAUAAGUGGCAACUAAUCUAUACGUACAGUAGUACAUUAGCCGUUCUGCUUUGGAUUAGUACUGAAUGCUUAUACGAUAAACUCGGACUGAAUGAUAAUGAAUGUGCCCAUAAAACCCAACUGUAUCUAGAAGAGAUGCAUAAAUACAAUCGGAUCAAAGACACGGCAGAAGAAAUCAUUGGAUUACUAGCCGAUCGAGCUGGAGUUAGUUUGGCCGAAAUGAGACAGAAGUACGCUAUAGAGGCAGUCGAUGGAGAAGAAGAGGAGGAGAUUGGAUUAAGAUAA